AUGCGAUGCGCGAGCAAGGCCGCCGAGAGCGCGUCUGCACGUCUCUGUGCGGACGCCGAAGCAGAAACUACAGCAACUGAUGUCCCAUCGGUUGCUGAAUCGGCUCAGCCAGUAUCACCUGGUGAUGCAUGGUGUGCGGCGCUGGUCAUGAAGACACUCGUGUCUUCACAGAGUACGAGCUCGGUGUCUCGUACUCUCCUGAUACGGAUGACGGAUCCGUAUCGACGGCAAUUGAAUCCAAGCCGCCUGCCAAGCGUGGCAUGGACGAUGCUUUGCGUCGCAGCAUCUUUGGUUCAUCUGAUGAGUCAGAUGAACCAUCGCCGAACGAAGGCGCUCGAGGUCGCGAGACUCGGGCGCUAA